AUGAUGAGCCUUUUCCCACUAUUUCUCCCUCCCCUCCCCCGCAAUCCCCUGCCCCAAUUCCGGCCGAUUCCCAUUCCUCCCCGUCGACCAUUUCCCAAUUCCGCAUCUACCCCCAUCUCCGCUCACAUCUCCGGCGAUUCCUUUGCCGGCUUCGCAACCUGAUUCACACAACCGGGGAGGCGUCCUGGUUCCCGUCCCUGCUCCGGCGCCAGUGUGUGGCUCGCCGUCCGGGCUACGAGAUUAUGUCUGUCUGGCUGUUUAUCCCCCCGGUGGUUCCCUCCCUCUGCCGCCCGCUGGCUGAUCCUCAGGAUGGCUUGUUCAUAAAGCCUUCAAAGAAAUCUCCACUUCUAUUGAGAAUGCUGGUCUUAAUUUUUGUAAUGGUUUGUGGAGUCUAUAUAUGUUCGGUCUGCCUCAAGCAAACGGGCAGUCGCAGAAAUGGACAUUUACUGAAUAUUGCUGUCGUGGAAAAGCCAUGUGAACCGCCUAAAAUUGAACCUUCAGAGAGACCGUAUGUGCACUUCCCCAAGCCUAAGACUUUUAGCCGGGCUGAGUGCGCUUGCAGUCCAGUACGGUAUUUUGCAAUUUUGUCAACACAGAGGUCUGGCAGUGGAUGGUUUGAGACAUUGUUGAAUAAUCACACAAAUAUAAGCUCCAAUGGCGAAAUAUUUUCUGUCAAAGUCAGGAGAAGCAACAUAUCCACAAUCGUGGAUACUCUAGAUAAGAUAUAUAAUCUUGACUGGCUAACAAGUGCUUCCAAGAAUGAAUGCACAGCUGCAGUUGGGCUUAAAUGGAUGCUUAACCAGGGUCUGUUACAGCAUCAAGAAGAGAUAGUGGAAUACUUCAAGAAUAAGGGAGUUUCAGCUAUUUUGCUAUUUAGAAGAAAUCUAUUGCGUAGAAUGGUUUCAAUACUUGCCAACUCGUAUGAUCAACGUGCCAAGUUGUUAAAUGGGACACACAAAUCACACGUGCAUUCUCCUACGGAGGCAGAGAUACUUGCUAGUUACAAACCAACUGUGGACACACAAUCGCUGGUUCCUAAUUUGAAACAAGUGGAUGAUAUGGUCACAAAAGCUCUGGAGUAUUUCAAGAGCACUAGGCAUGUCAUUCUUUACUAUGAGGACAUCAUAAAAAACAAAACUAAACUGAUGGAUGUUCAAGAUUUUCUAAGGGUUCCUCAUCAAGAAUUAAGAAGCCGUCAAGUAAAGAUACACAAGGGGGCUUUAUCGUCUCAGGUAGAGAACUGGGGAGAAGUUGAGAAGACGCUCAAGGGCACUCCUUACGAGACCUUCCUGCAACCGGAUUACGAGGUCUAAUUGUACAUUUCUUGUUCCACCUUAACAUAUUCUUUAUUUUUGUUAGCAGAAGCUAACAGGGAAGAGGGAAGUGUUUGUCCUAAUUCAUAAUGUAGUUAAUUAACAGCAUGUUGCCUUCUUAUGUAUUCCUCCAUUACCAACUCCUUCAAUUUUGCUGAUUCCCCUUAACGCCGUUAAGGGUACCUCUGUUAACCUCUUGUUUUUGGGGAAUUAAUAUAAUGUAAUUUAGUUCUUUUCUUUUGUGGAUUUUUAUUUAAGGAAUAAUUUUAUAUCUGUACU